AUGGCCAAACUCACUGAUGAUUCCGACUACGAUGCCGGCGAAACGUUUGAGAAGCCAAAUGAUUUACUUCUCGGUGAUCUAGCUAUUCUCCUUGGCUGUGUCUGUUGCCUCGAUCGUUACUGGGCCCAGCUGAGUGGCUUAGUUCCACCACAAGAUGCGAGAAUCCUAGAUCUUACUCGUCUCAUAUCCCCUUCUGCUGAGAGGACGUCUAUUGAUACGAAAGUUGUAACGAGCUUAUCCGACGGCACAGGGUUGUUUGAUUGCGAGUUUAUGAUGCGCCGACUCACAGAUAAAUGUGGCAUUCGUUGGAAGGCUUAUCUUGAGAUCAGGCAGAUGCGGAGACAACUUACUGACAUACAACUGGGUUGA